CAUUAAUGUCAGUUGGCAAGUUAAAGGACGGUUAGUAGCAACAAAUCGCGCACUUAGCAAAAAGUUGUUUAUAUGUGUUAUACUCGGUGAGAAAUCAAGGAGUCAAAUAUACUUGUUGUGUUAAUGUUUGUCAUUAGAAGAUCACGGAAUAUUUUAGUUUCAGAAAAUGUAACCAAUGUCUGUCAUAACGAAGACAGGAAGUGUCCAGUUAGUGUCCUCAAAGCAUCCCUUCACUCAGAACUUGUGAAGUGCCAAGCAGUUAACAGCCAGCCAUGGGUGAUGACGACUCAAGCGUUAGAGUGGCAGUGAGGAUCCGGCCGCAGAUCGCGCGCGAGCUGAUCGAGAUGUGCCGGCAGUGCACCUCCGUGACUGCGGGCGAGCCGCAGGUCACCCUCGGCACGGACAAGUCCUUCACCUACGACUACGUGUUCGACACCGACUCCACGCAGACGCAGGUGUACGACACGUGCGUCGCCGGCCUCGUGGACGGCUCCCUGGAGGGGUACAACGCCACGGUGCUGGCGUACGGCCAGACCGGCUCGGGGAAGACCUACACCAUGGGCACGGGCUUCGAGCUGGACGAGAGCCCGGAGCAGCUGGGCAUCCUGCCGCGCGCCAUCCACCACCUGUUCAGCGGCAUCGAGCAGCGCGUGGAGGCGGCGCGGGAGGCGGGCGCGCCGCCGCCCGACUUCAAGGUGGUCGCCCAGUUCAUGGAGCUGUACAACGAGGAGAUAGUGGACCUGUUCCAGCCGAACCGCGACGCGCGGCACGGCGCCGUCAAGAUCCACGAGGACACGGCGGGCACCAUCUUCGUGGCGGGCGUGACGACGCGCGUCGUCGUGUCGGCCGAGGACGCCCUGCAGUGCCUCAAGGUGGGCGCGCUGUCGCGGACCACCGGCAGCACGCAGAUGAACUCGCAGUCGUCGCGCUCGCACGCCAUCUUCACGCUGCACGUCACCCAGCAGAGACUCGUCAAGCUCGAGGACCCGGAGGAAGUGGAGCAGAAUGCAGGGGCCAUGAACGAGUUUGAGACGCUGUCCGCCAAGUUCCACUUUGUGGAUCUGGCUGGCUCGGAGAGGCUGAAGAGGACGGGUGCGACAGGAGACAGAGCGAGGGAAGGCAUCUCCAUCAACUGUGGUUUGCUGGCUUUGGGAAAUGUAAUCUCGGCACUGGGUGACAAAUCUCGAAAAGCACUUCACGUACCUUACCGGGACUCGAAGUUGACACGUCUCCUGCAGGAUUCAUUGGGAGGAAACAGCCAGACUGUGAUGAUAGCGUGCGUGUCGCCGAGCGACAAGGACUUCAUGGAGACCCUGAACACGCUGAAGUACGCGAACCGGGCGAGGAACAUCAAGAACCGGGUGACGGUGAACCAGGACAAGUCGUCGCGCACCAUCGCGCUGCUCCGGCAGGAGAUACAGCAGCUGCAGCUGGAGCUGCAGGAGUACAAGCAGGGCAAGCGGGUGAUCGGGGAGGACGGAGAGGAGUCGGUGAACGACAUGUACCACGAGAACAUGAUGCUGCAGAGCGAGCUGAACAAGCUGCGCACGCGCGUCAAGGCGAUGCAGGAGACCAUCGACGCGCUCAGUGCCAAGAACGCCCAGCUCCUGGUCGAGCGGUCGACCAACGGCUGGGUCGCCUCAGGCGGGGGCUCGGAGAACGACGUGACGGAGCUGAUCCAAGGCUACGUGAAGGAGAUAGAGGACAUGCGGGCGAAGCUGCUGGAGUCUGAAGCUAUUUGCCAGCAGCUCAGGAAGACGGCGGCCAGGCCUCCUCCCCGCGCUGCCCCCAUGUCCAUCUCCAUGACGGGGCCGUUCGACCUGACGCAGAGCCACAGCUCCCCCUCGGUGACGAUGCUGAUUGAGGAGGCCAAGCGCGGCCUCAACAAGAACCUGGAGACUCGCUCGAAGAUCCUCGCCGAGCACACCAAGGUGGGGUCGAAGUCGGUGAUGGGCGACGAGGAGAACAACGGAGCUGCCAGCGAUUCGGACACGGAGGACAAGGAUGGUGAAGGGGAUGAGUCGGAUAGUGACACAGAUACAGAUGAUAAAGACUCGGAGCAGCAGGAGGAGUACGGCCUGGAGCUGGCGGAGCUCAACUCGGAGAUCAACAUCAAGCAGAAGCUGAUAGAGGAGCUGGAGGAGUCCCAGCGCCGCAUGCACCUGAUGCGGCAGCAGUACGAGAGCAAGCUGCAGCAGCUGUCGGCGCUGAUCAAGGCCACGCAGGAGGAGCGCGACAAGGUGCUGGCGUCGUACGCCGGCCAGGGCCCGCAGCCCGCCGAGAAGGUGAAGAAGGUGCGGGACCAGUACGAGACCAAGCUGGCCGGCAUGCAGAAGGAGCUGCGCAAGCUGCAGUCCGCGCAGAAGGAGCACAUGAAGCUGCUGCGCAGCCAGUCGCAGCACGAAAACCAGAUACGCAGCCUUCGCAACGACCUCUCGGAGAUGAAGAGGACCAAGGUGAAACUGCUGAACGCCAUGAAGGAGGAAGCCCGGCGGCACAAGGAGGCGGAGCUGGCGAAGGCACGGGAGAUCGCGCAGCUACGCAAGACGCACCGCAAGCAGGAGAACAGGAUCCGCAACCUGGAGACGGACUCGAAGAUGAAGGAGGUGGUGCUGCGCAGGAAGAACGAGGAGGUGACCGCCCUGCGGCGCGCGGCGCGGCCCGCCAUGUCGAGCAGGGCCGCGGGACGGGUGGGGCCCCGCCACCGCCCGGCCGCGCCCGUCGCCUUCUCCCCGCGGGCGGCCAAGCAGAAGUGGCAGGCGCUGGAGAAGAACGUCACGAAGAUGGCGCUGAACAAGCAGGCGGUGGCGGCCGUGGAGCGGGAGAUGGAGCGGCAGAUGGCGGAGCGCGAGCGGCUGGCCGGCGUGCUGCAGGGCCUGGAGAGGCGCAAGCGCUACAGCAUGCUCACCUCGGAGAUGCAGGACGUGCAGGACCAAAUCGAGAGCACCAAGGCCAACAUCGAGUACGUCCAAGAGAUGAUCUCAGAGUCCCAGCAAAACAUUGUCCAGAUCGAGGAAGGCAAGGACGGCGUGGAUGGGUUGGAGAUAGCCCAAGGACUCGUAGACUUGGACGAGGCCCGCUACUUCAUAGAGAAGAUGUACACCAUGACGGUGAGCCAGAGCUACGUGGCUGCGCAGCGGGAGAUCGCCAUCAAGGAGCUGGAGAGUCGGCUCAGCGAGAUGGAGCAGCACAGCAAGCUGCAGGAGGACCUGCUGCAGCACCUGAUAGUCAGCCAGGGGCUGGACAUCAGCACCCAGAGCCAGCCCCCGUCCUCCGCCAGCUCCGCCUGCUCCUCCCGUUCCGCCUCGCCCACCGACGCGUGCAACGGCAACGCCCGGCCGCAGCAGUUCGCCCUGGGGCAGAAGACGCGCAGGCGGACGGCCCUGCCGCAGGAGCUGCUGUACGCCAGCUCCGCGGACAACAACAAUGUCCCCCCGGAGCAGUCCGACGCCGCCCUGAUGCCGCCCCCCAAGCCCAUGGUCAAGGUGCCCAGCGCCCCGGAGCCCUUGAAAAGCUUCCUGAUGAAGCCGUCUCCCGUUGCCUCCCGCAAAGUGUACGACCGACAAGAGUCCACUUCUCCUCGACUAACCAGGCGAACGCUUACUUUGGGGCCAGGAAAUUUGCUAGGGAAGCCGGGAUCCAUGGAGCAAGGCCUCGACGCCAGCCCCCCGAACUCCCCGCCCUCCUACCGGCGCCAGGCCAGCCGCGAGGAGAACGUCUUCUCCCGGCUGACCUCCAAGACCACCGGGGCGGAGGACCAGAUCGACAAGGGCUCCAUCGCGCCCUACGACGGCAAGGGAGUUGCGAGGGCUCCGUUAAUAUGCACACACGUGGCAACAGGCCACAAGCGACCAGUGCUGUCUGUCUAUGCUACGGAUGACAGACUCUUUACGGCUUCCAAAGACAGGACGGUGAAGGUGUGGGACCUGGAGCGGGGGGUGGAGAGCGGCGUUCUGCACGGCCACCCCAACAACGUGGUGGUGGUGAAGUACAGCGAGCGCCUCAACCUAGUGUUCACGGCGUCCUCGGCCUACGUCAAGGUGUGGGACCUGCGGCAGGACUCCAGCAAGUGCAUCCGCACCCUGCAGUCUUCCGGGAUGUCUAGUACCACCCCUAUAUCGGCGACGGCACCAGUCGCGCCCAUCCCCUCCGGUGAAAUGCCAAUCAACGAUGUGGCGCUCAACCACGGCAGCACCAAUCUCUACACUGCGACAGGCGAUCGUGUUCGCAUCUGGGACCUUCGCAUGUUCGAGAGCACAGGCAAGCUGACCGGGGGUCACCAGGCGGCCAUCAUGUGCCUGGCGGUGGGACAGGUCAGCGCCCAGGAGGAUCUGGUCAUCACGGGCUCCAAGGACCACUACAUCAAGAUGUUCGAGGUGAACAGUUCAGCGGGUCAAGUGUUCACCCCCAAGGUGAACCUGGAUCCGCCGCACUACGACGGCAUCCAGUGCCUGGCGAUCCAGGACAACGUCCUGUUCUCCGGCUCCAGGGACAUGUGCAUCAAGAAGUGGGACCUGUCUCGGCAGGAGCUCAUUCAGUCCCUGAACAACGCCCACAAGGACUGGCUGUGUGGCCUGGCGUACCUGCCUGGCGGACAGAUGAUCCUGUCGGGCUGUCGCCAGGGGAUGGUCAAGCUGUGGUCCACGGAAUCUUGCCAGCUGCUGGGCGAGGUGAAGGCCCACUACUCCACGAUCAACGCCAUCACCACCAACUCCAGCCACAUCUUCACCGCCUCCAACUCCGGAGAGGUGAAGAUCUGGAAGCCACCGCCCCACUCUGCCAUGUCCGUCUCCACCGGGCAAGUGUUUGAGCUCUCUCUGUAGGAACUCCCCUUUCCCCUCCCCCUCCCCCUCUGCUCUCCGCCCAUGCUAGCUUCACGCAGUGUACGAAGUAACAACCCUGUGCUUGCGUAAAAAAAACAGACAUGCAGACUUGUCAUCCAGAUUGUUACCUUUUGAGGAUGUUUUUGUAACCUCGCAUUUACUUCCUUUUUAUUUGCGGUAGCCAUUUAUCAAACCAUGAGAAAGUUGAAGUGAUAGUUUCACACUUUAUCUGUGACUGCUUACUACAUAGAUAAUAUACAUGCCUAAUCUUUGUUAGUGGAGAUGAUUGUUUUAUAUUGUGUUGUAUUUAUAUUGUGAUGUGUAAAAUAUCUAGUCAUACCAUACUCAAAUGUAUUGUACUGCUGUCUUUCAUGGAGUGUUCCUUGAGACAUAUAUUAUUUAUGUGCAAGUGUACUUUUAGUAAUUAAUAUUACGUGUUUAAUUAUUUUAUUCAAAUAGUUUAAAUUGUCCAUUCCAAUUUGUCUGCAAAAUAUGAAUUGGUCAACUUACAAUUAUCCACAGCAGUAUAGGCCUUGAAGUAGGCUUAUUUGAUUCUUAUGAAAUCACAGGAAAAAUGAGAAUGAAAUUUAUUUGCUCUCAAACGGCGAUUAACUAUGUGUGAGUAUUACGAGUGAUAUAGCUGUCAAGUAUAAUUGUCCAUUAAACAAAACAAAGUUUAAAAUUUAAAAAAAAUAAUUUAAGAAACACUGUCUUUGUUUUUUAGAAUGGCUCUGAUAACAUGCCCCCACCCGCCUAGAUGGCAGGUCCGUGAAAGACAUCUCGACACGUGCUUCUUUGUUUUACACUCGUCCCUUUCUUUCCCUUGUGAUAUCACGUCUCAUCCUUAGAUUGCAGUGUACAUUCAAUUUAAAUAAACUUUCUCUUUCCAAUGUAUGAUUUCUGCCAUUAGCGCUGUCCUUGUUUCGGUGUGCUCUGUUCCCAGAUAUGCACCAGAGAGCAAAAACAUGUAUUUCUAAGUAGUGGUAAUGGAAAGAUGCUAUCUUAGUUUCAAUUGUAUUUGUCAACAAUUUUUCAUAACUUUUAAUAAAAUUUUCUUCUCUUAUGAGCAUAGCACAUAAUAAUGGAAUGCCUUGAUUUUAAUAGUCGCCAUUUGCUACAAAUAGUUUCUCCUGUGCAAUAAUAAUUAUCGUAAUUAUAAUUUAUGUUUAACAUUAAAUCAUUAUUUUUGGUCAGAAUGACUAAAACUGUGAUAAUACUCUUGAUACACUGAUAUAUAAUCCUAAAAAUCAAAAAAAUACUAAAAAUUAAAAAAAUAUAUUAAAUAUUAUUAUAGUUAAAGAUACUAUAAAAAUAGUAAUAGUGCGUGGAGUCCCUCCGCACGGAAGAAGUGAAACUUCGUAAUGUGGAAAUGAAAAUAGGAAGGGGUAGAAAUUUAUUUUUAGUGAAAUAUUGUUUCUUCAAGACAAACUUUAUUAAAACAUUGCUUACAAUUCAGAAUUGAUCGCAUCUUUUAAUUAUCAUGUUUGAGUGGAGAAAUAUCCAAAUCUAUAACAUUUACAAUGGGAUUAUGAUAACUAAAGUAAGAUACGAAAUGUUUGAGUUCUAUUUUUUCAAUAUUUCUUGCAAAAACUGCAUCAAUGGUAGUUCCCCCUUUGGUUUUCACGACGCUCACACUGUUUACUUCGCUGCAUAGCUAGAAUACCACGCGCAUGUGCUUGGGAUCUACCGAAUCACUCUCUUUCUCUCUCCUACUUUCUACCUUUGUGUAUCGUUCUUUCUCUCUCCCUCUUGUAACAGGUAUACUACGCGCAUGCGUUUGAGUGCCACGCAUUCACUCUCGCUCUGUCUCUUUAUAUUCCCCCUCCUUAGGAGCGUUGAACGUUUAAUGCAACAGUGCUUUCAUACCCCCUCCAUGGUAGCGUUAAACGUUUAACGCAACCUUGUUGGAAGUCGCAUUAGAAGUUUCACUUCAAAAAUACGUAUAUUUUUUAAUGUUAAAAAGUUAGUGGACACUCUGCUCUGUACUGCAAUCUAAGCAUGAGACGGACUACAGUAGUGAUCGGACUGUCGGCAGUCACUCACUGUCUUAUCUUGUCAUCUCUCCAUUCCCACGUGCAAACCUACCAGUUGUGGAAACCCAUGGGAGGCAUGCUCAGUUAGCGAGCACAGCUUCAGAUUAACACACUUACUUUCUUAUAGGUGUAGGUGCUCAAUUAUGGUAUAAUUUUCUUCCUGAGACAUUUAUCUUGAAUAUUUAUCUUGUGAAACAAGUUCAGAGUAACAUCACCUUGUCAACUUUACUGUAAGAAGCCGUGGAAGAUGAACUUUAAGCACACGUCACACAGACUUCUACUUAACUUGUUUACGAAAAUAAAAAUCUUUGGCAAUGUUAAGCUGUUGAAUAUUUAAGCCUGGUCCUAACAAUUAACGGGAAAACGAGUCAUUGCAAAAUUAUUUAAUUUGUAAUAAUAAACCUUAUUAUCUUGCAACAAGAUGAAACUGAUUUCAUAGUGGCUGUUUGCUAUUAGCAUGGUGCAAUUUCUUGUUUUUGCUUUGCUUACUUUUGGCUACAAUGAGAAGUUACAUUCACCCUUCCAUAGCGUUGUUUUAUUUGGGAUGUGUCAGCUCGGUGAAAUAAAUUACAUUUCAAUAAAUUAUUUAUUAUCUUAAUAUGCACAAUUUUUUUCAUUAAAACUUAACUGUUACUUUAUGCUUAUGCUUUGUGUUUUGUGACAAGUCGUUGAACAAACUCUUUGGCGGUAGCAUUUUUCGGAAGACAUGUAACUUGCAAAAUAAAUUUGCAUAAAAACAUUCAAAUAACUUAUUUUCAUGCAACAUACUUGUUAAAUAGAUUAAAUGCUGGCAGCUCGCUUGAAGUUCGGUACACCUUUGUGUUUGUGCUUCCUUUGAUGACAAGACUGUUUUAAUUUACACUUCUGAAGUUUUUUUUUGUUCCUAAGGUAUUCACUUUUAUUUUAAAAAAAAAAUGUUUUAAUCACAGACCAUCUAGUUUUUUCAUAAGAGACCUCUAAACAUAUAUAGUAAUAUUACAACAGUGUGAGUUUAAACUUUAAAUGCAUUGUUUGGACUAUCUAUUGUGCGUACAUUAAACUAGCAGUUUUCCAUAAUUUUGGAUUAUCCGUGGCUCACUCCCUUCAUUUAACGUGGAUAAUCGGGUGUUUAUUGUUCUAUUAAUGUCCUAAUUAAUUUUAUUUUACAUGGUUAAUCAUUCUAUAUCUAUAAUAAUUUUUACGUGCAAAAUAAUUAGAGAAUGAAAGAAUUUAAAGAAUUUUUAUGAUUUUUUUUGUAUUUCAAAGGUAAUAAUAAAUGUUUUAAGAACAUCCUGUUAUCUGUUGAUCUAAAACUUGAUUUUUUUUAAUAUGAAAGUUGUUUCUGUAGUUUUCUUUAUCUCUUCAUUUUUCAAACCUAAAUAAUUCAUCACAAAUUCAUCAUCAUCUUCAACUGCUUCCAACCUGCAACCAGGUCAACAUAAUUCAUCACAAAUUGAUGCAUUAAAAUUAGUUUUUUUUAAUUGUACAAAAAAUUAACCAUUUAACACUUAGUAAUUUUCUCUAUAAAUUCAGUGAUAAGAUGCAAUCAUGUUCAAUGGAAAACAAAAUUUUGGUCAAAACGUACGUAAAUCAAAGAUCUGUCAAUGUGUGUGUGACAGAAACAUUGGUUAAGAGAAUGUUUUAAUUUUACAAAUGGAGAAUAGUUUUUGGCUGAGAUAUGGUGAUUUUUAUUAUAGGUCAAUUUAAAAAAAAGUAAAAAUUAUAAAAUUGUUUUUGAAUCUCUAUAUCUUUAAUGGAAAUGUAACUUGUUUUCUUUCAAGAUUUUGCAUUAUGUGAAUGUCACAUAUGACAAAAAAAUGACUCGGUUAAACUUGCACACACAUGACUUCAACUACUGCCCUAGAAGACUACAAUUAGUUAAAGCCCCUAAGCAGUUUAAUAACAUGGGCCACCUAUAUAUGUAGUUACGAUUAGAGCUAUGUUAUUUCCAUUAAAGAAGAAUAAAUUAAACAAAUUAAAUUUGUUGAAAUUUUGUGCGGAAAACAUAAUAGGUUUAUCUCAGUUACAUUUGGUAUAAUGAUUAUAGCCUACAGAACUGUAAUGUUUCAAGUAGUAAGAAGUUCAGUUAUUUAGUUUUGAAGAAUUCACUUUGGUAGAAAACUAUCAUAGCCACUUCUGAAUUAAAAUUCCUAGUAAAUAUUGAAACUUGAAAGUCAAUUGGACAUUUACAACUUUCAAAACUGUAAGAUUACAUGUAUGUAUGUACUUAAUUGUAGGAUGCACAACUAUUUAAAUUUUCUUGUUUAAAUGGUUUAAGCUUGUCCUGUGGUAACAUUUAGUAAAUUAAAAUUUUGUGAUAUGCUUGUCACACUUAGUAAUUUUCUUGUUCAGAGGUAAGAAGCACACUGAGAAUAUCAAAAUAAUGUGCAAUGCAUGAGAAGCGAGCUACCUCUUUCUCCAAGAUGGGCAAUGUAACAAAAAAGAUAACAUGCCAGGUUUAUUGAUGUAACCUUAGUUCUAGCCUUGUAUGAUAAUUUUUUUUUUUUUCCGGAAGUCUUUACAGUGUAUACCUGGAAAUUUAAAAUCAUAAAGCCUGUUUUGAACUGGAAGAUGGAUAUGUCCAGUAAUUCUUCACUUUGAAAGAGUAAGCAGCAUAUAAAGCAGCAGUCCAAUGUUGUAAUUUGAGAAAAGGUUGUGUUGGUACGUGGCCUCGUUCUAGCACUAUGUUACUUGUUUUCCCGAGGUUUUCAAUGUUUGUGGAAUGUACAUUUAAGACUAAAAAUUCUAGUAGUGAUUGUACUUGGUUUUUGUUACUUGGAUUUUUGCAGUAACAGUAUUAUGAACAAGACUGUUCUGCAAGACUACUUUGUCGUGAUAACUGUGGUUCUCUCUUGUAAUUGUAAUUUCUGAAAGUGCACAUGAUAGCAUUUGGAGUUGUGUAAAAAAAAUUUUUUGUAAUCAUAUUACAGUACUUUGUCUGACUUGUAAGUAGUGACAAAUGAAUGGUGCUUUGUUUAGCCUACAUUGAAAUUAUGACCAUGUCCUUUUUCAAAGGAGCAUAUUGUUACCAAUAAAGUGUCAAAUGCA